AUGUUGCAAUCGGUGAGCGCCCACCUGAUGGACGAGCGUCGCGGAUCUCGGGACGAUCGUCGCGCUUCCGCCCGUCAUCGAAGGAUGACUCAACCGCAUACAGCUGAACCUGGAGCUUCACCUCCAACCGGCGGAUAUGACACCAGAUUUCUGACUCCAGCCUUGUGGCACGGCACCCGAUUCAUCGAAGACUUCCAGCCGUCGAUGGUCACUCCAACUGAAAAUCCCAUAGGCUGGGCAGUCUUCAAUCCGCUUCCGAUCCGGCCACCUGCCCCGCGGCCACGUAUUCGCCAGUUUGUUCCACCUCCUGGUGCGCCAGGUACGUCGUUUCCUUCCGCAUAUGGUCAUUCUCAACUCGAUGCCAGUCAAAGUUCAAUACGAACUGACGUGUGUUUGUCUUUUUUCCUAAAUUGCUUGUGUAGACGCCAAUUGUUUGAAUGAACGUCCUUCAUUCAAGCAUUUGGAUCCUCCCAGCAGUCGUGAUUUUGAUGAAGAUGUCGAAAAUCUGAUGCGACCUGACAUCCCAGUCUUGUUGUUGACUAUCGAAGGUAUUGUUCGAGUGAAGAUCUCCAUGUAUGGGCUACUUAUACUUUUUUCGUUUAGAAAAAAAGAAAUAUAUCAAGUUCAUUUCAAAGCUCACAUAUUUUUUGUCUUCUUCCUUUACUCAGUUGUCAUUAGCGACCUUUUAAAUUUUGCAGUUUAGGUUCUAAGAAUUACGAAAGUUUUCCGAAUAUUUUUUAAGACAUUACUUACUGGAUUUUUUUGUUUGAUUUCGAGGCUUUCAAAGAAAGAUUCCCAAGUUUGGAGCGCCACGUGAUGAAAAAGGACACUCAAGCUUCUGAGAAAAAAAAUGGUUGUGUAAACAUCUUGCAAAGCAUAAACACUUAAGAUUAGUUCUGCGGUUUGUCGACUCGAAAAUUUGAUAAUUCUUAAAUUUCUGCAAGUUGAAGGAGAACUCCAACUCGUAUAAGUUAGAAAGAAUUGUUUUCAAAAUUACGGAGUUCGCUUGUGAUAAGUUCCUUUUCGAACCUUCUGUUUCAUUUCUUUAUUUCGGAGCUUUCCUGGAUACCUUUUUCAUUUUUCAAUAUAUUUUCUAUUCUCAAAGAUACGCUACUUUUCUUUGAUCGAAUUUUUUUUUUUAAGUUUUCAUAUUGCAGCUUUUCUUUGAACCAAACUAUUUUCCAACUUUGUAUUUAAAGUUUUUUUUUGCUUUAGAUUCGCUCCAAAACAUUCUUGGGGCAUUUCAUCAUCUUCAAAAAAGGGUGACAUGUUUUUUUCACUGACAACCAGAAAAGCAAAAAUUAUUCAAACACUGCACAUAUUCUAUGAAGCUUAGAGAACAGCUAUCUAUUCUACAAAGGACGCCGACUUUUUCCCUUCUUUUUAAUUUGAUUCAGAGCUCAUGAUGAUUUUUUCAUAGGAACCUCAGAAAGCUUGGAAAAAACUCAAAAGAAACAAUAAAGACGUAGCUAAGUAACGUGAGAACGAUUUGUACCUCCUCUGAGACAAGAAAUCUAAAACUAUCAGCUUUCACGGACAGCGUCUCAAAACGCAUCGUUUUACGUUUUCAUUUGUUUUUGACUCAUUUUGAAGCCGGUUCGAAUUUUAACUAAAAAAUUGAAGUUCUGAGACUCAAAAGAUCUCUUUCACGAAUUUUACUCUCUGAGUUCUGAAAAUUUCUCAAUUAUUUUUUUGAAAAUUUUUACACUUUUAGUUUCUCAGAAAUACUUCUACUUUUUUUCUUUUUAGAAUUAGGAAUUCAAAAAAAUUUUUUAAUAACCAGUCUAACUUUCAUUGUAGUUUUUUUAUUAAUGUUGUUCCUGCCAUUUUAUUUUUUUCCUGACGCCUGAAACAACUUAAACAACGCUGUCAAAACGGAAAUUCAAAGUUUUGCUUAACUAAGAAAACCAAAAAGAUUCAUGUUGUUUCAGCAGCCAGCCAGUAUCCAUUUCGCUAUUUUCUGUGACUGACACUUGGGGUCUUCGCUCUACAAACCCAAACGCUUUUGUUCAAAAACAAUCCUUUUUCGAAAUUUCUCUAGAAACUUUUUCAUAGUUAUCUUCUUGGAGACGCAAUUUCACUGCUUAUGAUGAACUUGAAUCAAAAUUUAUUAUUCUUCUUCAGCAAAAAAAUUUUGAUAAAAUGCAAAAAGAAUAUUGGUAACAAAAAGAAAUGUCAUCUCAUUCAGUAAGUGAUGUUACUAAAAAAAUCUGCGAAUAAAUUAUUCUUUUUCCCUUUUCAAAUUUUUGCUAAAAAAAUUAAGUAGUCAGCAAGUUUGGGUGAAUAACUCAACACGUAUCGUAAUUUAUCUUGAAGCCAUAAAACUAAGAAGGCGGUCGGGUUAUGUCCAGCGUUCUCACAAAAGAUCUCCCAUAAGGGAGAAACGAGCACGUUCACAGAUCCGGCCAAAAGCAUCAAGUUUUGCAUUUCCACUGCGUUCCUACUUACUUAUUGGAGACGAUUUUUUUGUUUUAGUUUUUUCCCGCAGAAAUCCGCAGUUAAAAUAUGAACAACUUGAAUAAAAACGCCCCUUCGCAGAUAGCAGUUUCUGAAACAAACAAUUAAUGGGGUUUCAAAAUAGUAGCGAGACCAACUACUUAUUUUAACUUUUUUUUCACAAAAGACUUUAACUUGAGUUUUUUUUAUAAAGAAGGGGGAUAAGCUUUAAGUUGGCGAACAUUUAAAAAGUCAGUUUUUUGAAGAAUGGGAAAGCCAUGGUCGUUUGCCAGUCCAUAUUUGAUUGUUUUGCUCAUCUUGUUUUAGCGUAUCAUUAGCCAUUUAGUAUACUAUGAUGUCGGUUUUUCUGAGCCUUUUUUAAGCGUGCGUGCAAAUGUUCAAUUUAUAUUUAAACACAUUUUUUUUCCUUUCUGAUAAUGAGUUUUAUUUUUUUCUCGCCAGAAGACAGAGUUGAAAAACUUGCUGGACUCUUCAAUUUGAUUUUUCUUCUCUUUUUUUAUGAAAAAUUUUUGUAAAAUCACAAAAAUCCUCUCAUUUCGCAAACUGAUAUGAGGAGUCCGAACCCGCUCAGAAGUUGUUGAUUUUUAUUAAUCAGAUCGAAUUCCUUUACUUUUUCAGUGAAUUCUAUUUUUUCUUUCUAGUUUAAGUAAAAGUCAAGCUGGAAGAUCUUUUUGAAACUUUUUUCAAACCCUAUAUAUAGUUAAAUGAAUUAACGCUAUUAAAAUCAAAUCAAAUUAUCGAAGAUUUGAUUUUUUGAUGUUUGACUGAAGUCAGAUAGUUGUUUUAGUUUUUCAAAUUUACACAUUAAACUGAGCUAGUUGUUAGGGCAAAAUCCAAAGAGAAGCUUGAUUAAAAAAUUUCACAGUCAUGAAGUUCACGAUCACAAGCUUAUCAAGCUAAUCCAAAAAGUUUGGAAAGUAUGAACUUGAAAAGCCUAGAGCCACAUGGAAGAAUGAUUAUUGAUGACUAGGUGAGGAUGAAAGUGGAAGGAUGCGUCUUUUGGUUCCGCCUGGUUGCGUUGGGCCGCGGUCAGAGGCCGCCGAGCCGUCGGAGCCAAAGUUCCUGGGUUUUUGUUCUGCUUCACUAAUCAGUGCAAUGAUAUAAAGGGGUCGUCUUCUAUUGUGUUCUUCUUCCCGACCAAAAUUUGUCCCCCUUCCUUUCGUCUUCCCCUUUUCUCGGCAGCUCUUUUGAAGCUUUUGCUUACCAACUUUUUCGCCGCCUUAUGCUGCUUUCAAAUGCGACGAGCCGACGCUCGAUUCUACGCAUCUUUGUUGCAUCUUUUUUGGUUUUUUCUUUCCAGCUUUACUAUUCAUUCAAUUAACAAAAAAGCGUCUGUUAGAGCAGGUGCAUAAUUGAGGGAGAUGAUCCAGUUCUAUGUGCAGAUUAAAUCGUGAUUCCUCAAAAUUUAUUUUUUGACCAUGUUUCACUUAUUACGGCUGUUUUUUGAUUAAUUUUUUUUCUGCCGCUUAGGUUUUUGUGGAAGAAUGUGAAGUUUAUCUUAUUGUUGAAAUACGGCUCAAACCAUGGUGCUUUAUUACAAAAUCGUCUUCACAACGGCUUUUAGGUUAUUUGACCUUACUCUAAAGCUCAGUUCACACAUGUCUCUUUUUUGUCAGCAAAAUUAUCUUCAACGUCUGUCGAAUUCCGGGGAUCUACAAGACAAAAUGAUUCAGAAAGCCGACGGUUUUUGCGUUGUAUUGAAAGGGUUGACCACGAAGAGCCGCGUCCGGCGCACAAUUGCCGACGGUCUGGCGGGCCAUGUUCCUUCGAAAGUUCUGGAACCAAUGGACACUCGAGGAAAAUGCCCGCCGCAUGACCAUCACCGUGCUUCCAAGCGGCACCAAGAAAGUCCACCUCAAAGAUCUCAACGAGCUUGCCGAACUUCAUCCAGAGAAGGCCGACCAGAAGCGAGGUUUUUUGGAACGAAUUUUGUAGCCUUUUUAUUUUCUAACUAAUUUUUAUAUAAACUACGCGAAUUUUUCUUGACAUUUGAUGAACCUUCUCAGUUUUUUUGGAAAAAAAGCAAGACCAGAGUUAAAGAAUCACAUUUUGAAUAUUCAAAAAAAUUGUGAUUUAUCAUUUAAACAUUUUUCUUUUUUGCAUUGCAGUUUGCCAUUUUUCCCAAUAAGUAACCUCUCCGAUUAUCAAAUCAUUCACUUUUCUGAAGAACGGGUUGUUUUUUAAUUUUCAAAAGUUUCUUUUGUUAAGCCAGUGAGAAUGUUUCGAGAAAAAAAUUGCGAAAAAAAUUAAAAAAAGUGUUUUUUUGUAUAGUAACAAAAUUACGGAAAAUGUCAAUUCCAUAGUUAAACGUCAGAUGCAGUGUUUACGCAGCAAAAAAUAAAAAAUUGGAAAGAAGUUCUUUUUUUCUGGAAUGAUGUCACUUCUUGAAUCAAAUAUUUUUGUGUUUUUGCUAACUGUUUUCUUUUUAUUCUCUUUUCCUUCUCUGAUAACUUCUUCUGCAUCGAUUCUGUACAGACUCUAUUCUAUUUAUCACCUUAAAAUCUAUUUAGUGGUGGUUUUGACUUCAAAAAACAAGCGAGCUCCGUAGAAGGAAGCCGGCUAAUGUUGGAUGUUUUUUCGCAGCGGGCCAUGCUCUGUUUAAAGUUCGUAUCUAUUUCCCAAAGCGUGGUUGGUGGUCCGGGUUUGAGACGAGAGCUUGAAGCGACGCCUCCGUCACGAAAAAAAACCGCACUUUUUCAAAAAAGAUGUACAGAAGAACGUCAAAAAGCGAACACUUGCCGGGAAACACAACGAUGACAAUGACAAAGGAUGAAGAGCACGAUGAUUCGGCGCACUCGGCGGCCCCCUGGCGGCAAACUAUGUUCUUCGGCGUUGAUAAAUGA